CACGUGAUCGCGCCACUGACGGGGGGGGGGUGAUCACGUGACCGCGGGUGCGUCCACGCGCGGCGCGCUCGCCUCCUGUCACGUGACCUGUUAACAUCUCGCGGGACGCACGCGGGAACAUCGUGUGUCACGUGACCACAUGCCCGCACACGGUUGGGCGUCACGUGAUCUCGCCCCACCCCCCCUCGUUGCACUGUAAUCCGCCCGCGUGCGCGGCGUGUCUCCGCGCGAAGUCACGUGACUCGCUCCCCUCACUGUACCCGCGCGAGCGGUCACGUGACCGUCGCCACCGCCUCCCGCUGUCGGAACGUGCGGGUCACGUGACGCGCGGGGGGCUCCAUCUUAGCGCGGAGCGCGUGGCCGCGUGUCAACCCCCCCGGCCGCCUUUGUCUCCCUCGCGUUUGUCUCCCUCGCAGUUUGUCUCCCUCGCGUUUGUCUCUCUGCGCCGCGUGUGGUGACGCGUGCGCGGCCGCGCUCGGUGGGUGCGACUCGGGGAGGACGCGGCGCUUGUGCCGCUGGCUCCGGGCUGCGUGCAUCCCGCUGGAGGGGAGGGGCGGGAGGCGACACGAGGAGCGGAAUGCGUGAGGGUUGGAUCUCCACAUUCUCGUCGUCACAGCCUCAUCCUGAGCAACGCCUGUAUCCAGAGACCUCGUCUCGCGGUCUGAUAACCGGUCUCAUGGAAACUCACAACCUCGUCUCUAGAUUUCACCUCGUCUGAUUUCCAGAUCUUCUCACCUCGUGGUGUCUCAUCAUCGAAUCCUCUCCGUUACCUCGUCUCCCCCGGUCUCCUCACCCAAACACGCGGUCUCCUCACCUCAUUGUUUCACCUCGUCACAUUCGGUCCACCUAAUCUCCCGCUCAGCUCCCCCCGCGCAGGAGCGAGCGGCGCUCCUCGCACCCUCGGAAUGGAGCCGCGUGCUGGUGGUGCGAGAUCGCGACGCCGCUCUGCGGCCGGGGUCGUCUCGGGUGUCGCUACCCACGUGUGACAUCGCUUGUGUCUCUGCGGGCUUCCACGCCGAGCCGCGUGGCUGAGAGAGAGAGCGAGAGAGAGGUACCCGUGCCGCUGCCGAUUCUACUGCUGGUGCUGCUUGGCGGUUUUACCGCUGGUGGUACAGCUUGCUCGUGGCGACCAUGGAGGUCCGCGUGGAUUCGCCUCCUUCCCCCGGCGGCAGCCUCGACGCCGGCGCGAUAAGCCGCAGCGUGUCGGCGGUGUUUCGCUCCAAAUUGGACGCGCUCUGCUCCCUGGCAUGCGAGCGGGCGAGCCGCCUCACGGACCGCGCCACCUCGCGGGCGGACGUGGACGGAGGAGGAGGUGAAGGAGGAGGAGGUAACGCAUGUGCCGAAGGGGGUAGAAGUGGCGGUGACGGAGGGAAGACUGUUGGCGAUGGUGGACGCGGUAGUUACAUAGGUGGUGUUGGUGGAGAAGGAAUAUGUGGCGGAGGUGGUCAUGAUGCACGUGGAUCUGGAGGUGGCGGCGGCGGUGGUGGUGCUGAGAAAGGACCAGGCGAUGGCAAUCCACGUCGGGGUGAAGGUUGUCCUGUCGGUGGAGGAGGACACGGCGGUCGUGGCCGAUUUACCGAAGCUCUAGGAACUGGACGAGGUGGUGACGACGUUGGAAUCGCCGGCGGCGCGCGCGCCGGCGUGGUGCUGCUCGUGCCCAAAGCGGGGGGGUCGUGCGGACCGUCCCAGCCGUCUCCCGCAACUCCCCAGCCGCCUCCUGCCGUCCCUGCCGCGCGUCGCUGGUACACACGCGACCCGCACGGCAUCUACCACUGCCUGCUGUGCAGCUACACGUGCGAGCGGCAGCGCACGCUCAAGACGCACGCGUGGAAGCACGCGCGCGAGGUCACCUGCACCUACCCCGUGUUCGAGGAGCUGGAGGAUGGUGGCGGCGGCGGCGACGGAGUGAACCUCGGCACCCACCUCGCGGCAUCAAACGGCACGACGGUCCGGCUUUCCGACACCGACUCCAACGCCGCACGAGGCCACGUUCACCCACCCGAGGGCGGUAGCGCGAAUGCCACCUCGCUGUCGACUCCCGGACCACCCAAGUCGGCGGAGGCGGAUGCUCGGGAGAGAAGCGCCGGGGCCUCGACUCCUGGCCGCUCAGACGAGGCUAAAGUGCCCGGCCUCCCUGGGCUUGCGGCGGGAACGGAGCAGGCCGCGCGGCGCAGCCCUGGCCCCAAUGUUGGCCUGGAGGCGGCGGCCGCGGGGCUAGGGGACGAGUCGGGUGUGGCUCCGCGUCUUCCAACGACCGUCAAAGCCCAUGACAUUGGUUGCAGCGCUAAGCAGGAGGAGCAGCAGCAGGGACUUGGGAAGAAAUAUUCCAGCCAAGUUGGCGCUCUUGGUGUGGAGGCUGAUGAGCAAGAACGCAGCCAGCAGCAGCAGGAACGCGAAGAUUGUGCAGAUGUGAGGCCCGUAUCCAGGCGUCGCACAAACUCGGAGUGCUUGCUCCUGCACUCUCUGGCUGCCGAGGCCCUCGUGGCUUUGCCAGCCUGGUUGCCACCACCUCCUCGACAUCCUGAUCCUCUGAGUCCUCCUCAUCAGGACCUCGGGAUGCAAGAACCGAUCCACGAGGGCGCUUGCAGUGACAGCUACAGCAGCAGCAGCAGAGGAAGCGGCAGCCAGUCUGGAAUCAGCAGCCUUCUCCUGUCCGUCAUCGAGCGACUGCACCAGCGAGACGAGGGAGACGGCGAGGUCGGAGCGGCGACCGCCAGGGAAGGGGGUCCUCGCCACGUCAAGGUGGAGGACGUGAAGAUUGACGACGUGGAGCAACAGCCGAUGGAGGAGGAGGAGGAGAACGAGUUUGAAGACGAACAUCAGCAGCGAGCUUUACUGUUUGGCGGGCUGGUGGAGCAAGUGUCCGGGGCUCGGCAUGCGUACCGGUGCCGCGUGUGCCCGUACCGCGGCACGAGCGCUGCCCACGCCAGGCAGCACCUGCGCGCUCACCGCCGGCCCCGACCCUACCAGUGCCCAAUCUGCCACGAGGUGGCACGGGACUGUGGCGCUCUGCGCGAGCACACGGCCAGACACUGCCGCCCACGCCCGCACCGCUGCUCCCACUGCCCGUUCGACUUCCAUUACAAGAGCCAGCUGCGGAAUCACGAACGCGAGCAUCACAACGUGGCGCCAAGGAGAAGGGCGGUGGCCGGGAAACACGCAGCAUCUCACGCCGGCCAUGGGCAAGGCGCACGGGAGCGAAGGCUGCAUCAGUGCGACAUGUGCUCCUACACCAGCGUCUCCUACGUGGGCGUCCGCAACCACCGCCGCAUCCACGACAAGAGCUACCGAUGUGCGGAGUGCGAGUUCACCACUUCCUCGGCGGCCGCCUUUAAGCAGCACUCGUGCGCGCACAACGCCCUCGCUGUUUCCGCAGCCGAGCCUUUCAGGUGUGUGCUAUGCGGCUACGUGUGCAGCUUUGCGGCAUCUCUGAAGGCUCACAUGUGGCGGCACGCCAGCGACCAGAACUACGACUUCCAGCGAGUGAACCGGGAUAUUGAUGCAGCCACAGCCCUGGCACAGCGUUUCCAGAACCGCACCAUGCUGAAGAUGGCACCGGCCCCGGGAGAGUUGGGGAGGCCCCCUUGCUCCCCGGGCACCGUCGGGGACAAACCGAACCCUGCUCUGCCUUACGGGCACUCUCCAAACCCGGUUACAGGCAACGCGGUGGCGACCUCCGCCGUUGCCGUCGGCAAACCUGCUCGCUCGGCGAGCGAGAAGCCAGCAGCUCCGGUGGCCCCAGCCACCCUGGCAGCGGCCGUCCAGACGGCGCCACCGCUUCUCCUCGCCCUGCCGCAGAGCCCUGCGUUAGGGGGUACGUCUAGGCCCCAGGCUCCCCAGGGCAAGUCCUGUCGCCUCACCUUCUGCUGCUGCGUGUGUGGCUUCGAGUCGGGCGUACGGGAGGAGCUGCUGGCACACAUGCAGGGCCACCAGCAGGAGUUCCUGCCUGCUGUGCGGAGCGGCCAACCGCAACAGCAGCAGCAAGUGCAACCGUAGCAGCAAUAGCCCUGACACCCGGACCGGAACGCAGAGCACGCCUUCAGUUGCAAAGCAGCAGCAGUUUUCCUUUGCGUACACGAGACAUGCACACAAUGGUUUACAUCAUAUUCAGGUGAUUACGGUGGCAGCUGCUGAGCUACUGUGGCUCUGUUGUCCUGGCUGCUGUGGCUGGUGCUAGCGUUGCCCGUUGCGAGGUCCUGUCUCUGUGUGUCUUGUGAUCCUCUGUAGGUUGUUUAUUGUAAUGUAGCACGUGGGCUGCUGGCUUCGUUGGCCCUCGGCAAAGCAGCCUCUUUUGGGGCUGAGAAAAAAUAUUCUCUUGAAUGGAUCGACUUGGUCAGAACAAGCAUUUGGCUCAUAAAGGUUAUGUUUGGGAAGAAGGAGAGUGUGCUUAAGCUGCUGCGAGUGCAAGGGAUGAUGCAUUUUUGAAUGCACCAUGGAGGAGAACUGUACUGGAUGAAAGUUAAUCUGUUAUGUGUUUAAGCUGUGUGCUUGCACACAUUUUGUAUCUACAUAUUGUUCUUGAGACCCCCCCCAAACUACUUCUCCACCCAAACCUACCCCCCUCCCAACCCACCAUCCUACCUAUCUAUAUUUCUACCAACCUACCAGCCGUGCCUUUGGUGAUCCCAUCAGGACCCACGACCAGGAUUUUAAAACCUGCUCGUGAAUCGGGAUCGAAGUGAAGCACCAUUUGAUUAGUCGCUACCAUAUCUCAUUGAUGAGGCUGACUUUAUUCCUAAAUGAGUUGUCGUAUAUUGGUUUUACUUGUAAAUAAAAUGGGUGUGAUAAGUGAAGUGGGGAGCGGUAGUGUCAUGGUUAGUGUGCUGCACUAGGAACCCAGUGACACGAUGGUUCCCGCUCACAGCCAACACCAGUGACGAUUAUCUGAACCAGUCCUGUACCUCCCCUUGUCGACUCGGCCUCAAAUGAGUACUUGGUGCGAUUUGUAAGUAUCACCACUCGGGAGACAAAGGCAGAUGGGGGCAUGGUGCUUGCCCUUAUUUGCCGUGUCGGCCUUCACUGGUGCUCGAUAACAGCUCUUGUACUGACAGUCUGUUAAUGCUAUAGAGGGGAUGUUUGUCUUUUUUAUACAAGUGAACUAUAUAACUGGGAUUUUAAAUGUGUGCACCAAGUUAUUUUGAUAGUCACCUUUAUCAUAAGUAUACUUAGUCAAUAUUACAAAUAUAGGGGACUUUCCAAUAAGUGUAAUGGUAGGUUUUUUGUUAUUAAUAGUAAAAAAACAUUUUUAUUUGCCUAUCAUGCACCGAUUUUAUACGAAAGCUCACAAAAUUACCGUUGAAGAUUUUUUUCGUCCCCAAAAUAUAUUUAAUUGGUGCCAAAAACUUAAAAAUGCUCUUCAUGUACUACAUAUGUGUGUAUAUUCGUGUGGGGUUGAGUACUGCUGGAGCCGUUGGCUCACUGCUUUGAACCCGUCAAUCUGGCUUUUCCCAGCCAAGGCUAACAUCAGUGGCGACUGGUAUCUGAACCAGUUCUGGACGCCUCUCCUUCAUCAUGCAACACUGAGCAGUUUCAUAAAGUAUGGCCAAACAUCCCAUUACCAAAAUGGCAUGGGGGGAGGCCUUCAUCCAGCAGUGGAUUGAAAAAGGCUGUACAUUUUGGUUUUAUAUUUGUACCAUAAUGCACGUAUGCGAGUAUAUGCGCACACACAUACUUUUCGUGAUAUCAAUAUGAAUUCCAUUUAUAUCACGUUUGGUACCGGUUGUGUGAAUAUUGGCAUAUUAAGGCUAGAUUCACAUGCGCGAGUCGUAUAGAAAACUCUUAAGCCAAACGCGUACCACUGUUGUGUGCCGCUGUGCUGGGCUUCCUUAGCAUGUUGCGUCCUAUCACAAAGACCAGCGGCUCUUCGUGCCACUUUUUUUAUGGCACCCCCUUCAUUAGCCGAGGCACGCGAGAGAGUUCACACAUGCUGGGGCUCUGUGGUUUGGUGAAUACUUGGCCAUAGAUCAUAGUGUGGUGCCAUCGUCCCAGGUGUUAGGUUUACAAGGCAUUGCUGCUUGUCAAAGCAGUGCCGUACAAUGCCACAGCAGAAGCCUGUGUCUUUGUGUCUGCACGUGUUUUUAGCUCGGCUUGGCUCGCCAAUCCCGUAGCAUAUAAAAAAA